ACUGUAGUACGGUAAAUACUAUGAGCAACCACGUCAUUUGCACACAAGCCUGCAAAGUAUGAGCAACACAGAGAACUCUGGUUAAAACUAAAUCAUAUUCCCGUGGAGUCUGGAGAGGGACGCUGUCUUUUUUGCUUUCUGUUUGUAUGAAUUGCGGGUACAGCGCAAAGGGAGAGAGAUAAUCUACAGCAACAGCCGUGUUCACUCUCCAGUAACUGAUUUUGCCUGGGAUUCUGCCACUUAUAAAUGAUUCAUACGACCUGAUUUUUGUAAAGAGAGUAAUUGUGCUCCCAGCGGGGUAUCCUCAUUGUAUAGCUGGUCUCAAAUCAGUGAAGAAAGAAGACGGGGGGGUCUGUGUUCAUACGUGAAGAAUUGGAAACUGUACCAGAGCACCCAGGUUUGGGGUUUAUCCUGGCUGUUUGAGUUUUUUUUUUUAAGAAUUCUGGACCGCUAGUUUGGAUUGUCUGCCUGUCGAGACGUUGUCAUCUGUUGCUGCUACCGGCGUUAUAAUAGCAAGUCUACACACAUCUCUAGAUGCAGCCCUCGAUUUCGGUCUCUUCUUAGCUAUACCCGGGAAAUGGAUCGGCAACAACCCUCUGUAUUAUAAUUCUUUAUAUAUUAUUAUUGUGCGUUCUUGGGAAUUUUGUUUAGGGUUCGAAAUGGAAGACAAAAUGUUGCUAUUAUUAUUAUUACUAUUAACAUUGCACGUUCGGCAAUAAUAGAAUACAGAAUGAUCUCCUACCACAGCAGCUGCUUGUUGUAAAAUAGUGGUUACUGUUAAUUAUAUCUGCUCAUGCAAUAAUUCAUUUUGGAUUGCAAAUACGGUUUCUCUAAAUACAAAAGGGCGAAGGAAGCCGAUACAGUCCUCGGGUUUGGCGCUUGGUGUGUGUGUGUGUGCUUCUGACAGGAACAAAAAAUAACUAAUAUAAAGGAAUAAAUGCUUAUGAUGGAGGAGGACGACACGCUUGAUCUGGAAGCGCAUCAGGUUGAAAUCGAUUCGGAUUUUGAGCCCCAAAGCCGGCCUCGCUCCUGCACCUGGCCGCUCCCUCACCCAGAUGAUUUCCCCGGAGGUGGCGAGGAAAAAAACGGAGUUGCCUCCUCCUCGCCUUCUUCCUCUUUCAAGAAAGAGCCGGGAAUGCCCAAAGAUGCUGCUGCUGUCGGCGCUGAGCUAAACGGAGGAGCAGCGCUGGAGCAGAAUCACUCAUUAGGCGCCCUGUCCCCCGCAGCCGCCGCCGUGCACGCCUCUCUGUCCGGGGUUGCCCUCGAUGUUGCCGGCCACCUCCGCAAAGCCAAGUCGUCGCGACGGAACGCAUGGGGGAACCAGUCAUACGCGGACCUCAUCACGAGAGCCAUCGACAGCACCCCGGAAAAGAGACUCACCCUGUCGCAGAUAUACGACUGGAUGGUCCGCUAUGUCCCUUAUUUUAAAGAC